CACUGAGUGUGCUUCUUAUACUUUCAUCAUUGCAAUGAUGACAGCAAAGCAGAACCUUUUAUACAGUAUUUUCCAUACUAAUAAGAGGGUUAAUUUUUGCAAGUCCAAUUGCCUUCAAGACGAGAAUAGUACACAAAGCUUUCAACGAUGGCGGCAGGAAUAUCUGGGUUUGUAUGGUAUUGAGCAUACUGAUAGUAGUUGUGUACUCAGAUUUACUAUAUAAUUACCUGCAUCAGUCCAAGACGAACGGCAAUGGAUUUUAUAAGUCAUUCGCAUACUUCGUGAUUGUAUACAUGUAUUUAGUAGCGUAUAGCGAGCAUUUUGUUGUGAUAGCUUUUCUGGCGAUGGAAGGCAUAAGCUUGCGUACCGAGUUGUCACCGACAAACACUCUACAUUUUGAUGACAAUUGCAUUGGCAAUUACGUGUCCCGCGGGGGAAGCCUAGUCAUAUUAUCCCUGAGUACACUCAUGAGUACACAAAGCAUUGUCUUAUCGAAACGAAAGGAUAUGCUAAACAUGAUACUGCCGGCAUGUGCAGAGUUUAUUGCGAACAGCGAAGAAAGAGGCGCAUGUUCAGAGUCUAUCGCGAACAUCGAAGAAAGCGGACAGAUGUCUGAAGAUAUUUCGAGCUCGACCAAAUGUCGGACACCUCAACGACGAGUUGCUUGUAGACACCAGCCUAUCAAUGCGAUAGUCCUAAAAUGGUUUCAGCUCUAAGAUCAAUUUUAACCAUGGUUGCGUAAUAGAUUGGAAUCCC